AUGUCUUUCUCGCGUCCCCCGUUUGCAUUUUCCCGUGUUCGUCAAGAAGUAAGACACAAUACAGGCGUGCGGGAACCUACCUCAGACACCAAUGCAGCCUUCAGCGACACUAUGAGGAACGUGACACAACAAUACCUCUUGUCGGGCUUAAACCUUGCACAUGACAACCGUCUCUGCAUAAACACUGAUGGCGGAGCUCGAUCUUCCGCCGGCAAGACGAACACGGGAAAAUGCCAACGGGGGACGCUAGCAAGACAUCCGACACCUGCACCACCAACGCGAGCAAUGACCAUUGCCACGCUAACACUGCCCUCCCCCUCCGAAGAGGUGACGGUGAGAAACCCUGGUCAGCAGGACGAUGACGGAGCUCCAGGACCGCCAAUAAAGGAAGAGCGAACCAGAAGCCAGUUCUAA